AUGGCACCUGCCAUCUCCGACAUACUCAGACGAGAAGAAGCAAGAAUACAAACAACAUUUCAAGCAGCAACGACGACAAUAGCAAUAGCAACAGCAUCUCCUUCACACACAUCAACAGCACAAACAACAUCACCAACACCAAUAGACGCAAGCAACGGCAUCGGCGGCACACCAGGAAACAUUGAAUCACCCUCCUCUGCCGGAACAACAACGGUCCUCAUCAUCGUCAUCCUCUGCUGCGCAUCCGCCAUCAUGUCGGCGACGUUAUUCUACAUCUUUGACCGCAAAAAGAACGCCCAGUUCCGCGAGGCGUGUAAGCGGGACCCUUACCUCACGCGGAAGGAAUUCGCUCGCCGGCGCAAGCUCAGCGCCCUGGAGAGGCUGGAAGAAGAAGAGCUGCAGCGGAGCAUCAUGAUUCGCAAGUCGCUUGCGAGUCGUGGGCCGUCGAGGAGUAAUAGCUGCGAGGACGUGUUUGAUCUCUCAUCUAUGCAGGAGCAGCACCACCGCCGCCACCACCACCACCACCAGAUGACGGAUGUGGAUAUGCCGGAGCCCCCGCGGGGCAGGCAGCAGAUGAGGGAGCAUCGGGAGGAUUUACACCAUGGGCGACAAAUAUCUGGGGAGUGGGCGCCUAGUGAGGGGAGGAGCAGGUCCGGGUCAGAGACUUCGAGUUCGGCUUCGUCUGCGAGGCGGGCUUAUACUGGGCCGGGGUGUUCCGGCGUGGAUGCCGAGGGGGCCGGGGUCCCGUUGACGCCGGAGUCGAGUGGGUCAAGCCGGUCGGUUCUGGACAAGGAGACUGCGCCGCCGCCGAUUCACCCGAUGGAGGAGAUUACGCGACCGUUACCGGCGGUGCCCAGAGCUGAUGGCUCUUCACACUUUUCAUGA